CCAGCAGGCUCCGGACCUUGUAGGUUAAGAGUUUAAAACCCUUAAUAUUGGGCUUUGUAGACCAUGGCGUUCAGCCAAUCAUCCUUCAAGACAGGUGACACCAGUGAGUUGCAGGUCUGUCAGUGAAGGGCAGGAUGUGGGUGUUUUCUGAGAGGUCUGUGUGCCGUACACAAGCAAACAAUCACAUACACGCGAACACAGAGGAGGAGUAAAAUACACUGAGCGGAGGCAGUCAUGGAGUUGAGAGCUGAACUGCUGAAGUCCAUCUGGUAUGCCUUCACCUCUUUGGAUGUGGAGAAAAGCGGGAAGGUGUCCAAGUCCCAGCUAAAGGUGUUGUCUCAUAACCUGUACACUGCGCUAAACAUUCGACAUGACCCGGUGGCUCUAGAGGACCACUUCAGAGAUGAUGAUGACGGGCCGGUGUCCAACCAGGGCUACAUGCCCUACCUCAACAAAUUCAUUCUGGACAAGGUGGUUGAGGGGACGUUUGAUAAGGAGAAUGUAGAUUCGUUCUGUUGGACUCUUUGUGCCAAAAAGAACUACAGGCCUAAAAAUGAUGUGGGUGUUCUGUCAGAUAGAGAUGCCUUCCAUCUUUGGUGUCUUUUUAACUUCCUGUCUGAAGACAAAUAUCCCCUGGUUCUAGCCCCAGAGGAGGUGGAAUACCUCCUGAAGAAAAUCUGCUCCGCUAUCAGUGUGGAGUUGAGCUGUGUGGACAUUGAGGAGUUGAUUUCCAAAGAAGCUGUGCAGCAAAGUGGCAUCACAGUAUGGGCCUUCCUGGACUUUGUCAACACUGGGAGGCUGACCAAAGGGGUGGAGAAGGAAUCUGUUACCAUGGCAAUUGAGAAGGUCUACAGGGAGAUCGUAGGCAAUAUCAUAAAAGAGGGAUAUGUGUGGAAGAAGGGACACCUGCGGAGAAACUGGAACGAGCGCUGGUUUUCCCUCAGGCCCAGCACAAUGCAUUACUAUGUCAGUGAGGACCAGAAGGAGUGCAAAGGCUGCAUUGAGCUGGACCAGAACUGCUGUGUGGAGGUGCUUCCAGAGAGGGAGGGCAAGAGGUGCAUGUUCUGUGUGAAGACUCUAAGUAAGACCUACGAGAUGAGUGCCCCCGACACCAAACAGAGACAGGAGUGGACAACAGCAAUCCAGACCGCGAUCCGCCUGUGCGUGGAAGGGAAGAACUCCCUGCAUAAGGACCUAAAGCUGCGACGCAGGGAGCAGAGGGAGGAGAGAGAGAGGAGGCGCAUCGCCAAGGAGGAGGAGGAGCAACGUCUUCACCUCAUCCAUGAGGAGAGGGAGCGACAGCUGGUCGAGUUGGAGCUCUUGCAGGAGGCCCAGAGGCAGGCUCAGGCAGCUCUGCAAAAGGAGGAGCAGAAAAGGAGGCAGCAACAUGAAGAGCUGCAGAAUACCCUACAGGAGCAGCUACAACUGGCUGAAGAGGCUCGGGCUAGCAUGCAGGUAGAAAUGGCUAUGAAGGAGGUGGAGACGGAACGCCAGAGAAGGAGAAUCAGGGAGCUGGAGGACAUGCAGCUCCGCCUGGAGGAGGCGCUGCACCAGGAGAUCAGAGCUAGGCAGGACGAGGAGUCCUAUCGCCUUGCACAGGCCAGGCUACUGGUUGAGGAGGAGGAGAAGAUGAAAGCCCUGCUUGCCCUCCAGGAGGAACAGGAGCAAUACAUCCAGAAGACCCAAAAAGAGAAGCUGGAGCUUAGACAGGAGAUGGAAACCAAGUCCCAGGCUUUGGAGGAGGCCCAACACCAGCUGGAGAAGGUCCGAGCCAACCGGCAUAGAAUGGACCAGGACAUUGCAACAGCCCAAAGAAAGCUGAGACAAGCCAGCACCAGCGUCAAACACUGGAACGUACAGAUGAACAGGCUGAUGCAUCCUAUUGGACCAGGGGAACGAAGGUCCUCGCUGCCGACGGUGCGCGUACCCUCCCUACGAGACCCGGGCCUGCAUUUGUACCACCAGAGGAGUGAGGAGAGAGAGAAAAAAAGGUUGAGUGAGCAAGGGAAGACAGAGGAAAAUAAUAGAGAUGAAGGAGGGAUAGUCAGUGGGAGAGAGGAGAGGCGCCCCUCUCAUGCCUCCAAUGGUGACAUGGACUGUACCUGAUCCUCGACAACCAGCUAACAACAUUAAUGUAAAUACCAUCAAAUCACCAGACAUCACCUCCAGUUUACUUAUGUUCACAUCCAGUUUAGUUUUUUGCCUGAAAGAUAAUGUGAGUUUUCUCUUGCUAUUCUCUCUUUUCCUUUUAAUUCUUUGUCAAUUACUAUUACAGGGAAAAUGUUGCUAAAAUAAUGCUAAUCAUUUUUGGUGCUUUUAUGCGAGGAAAGUCUUCAACCACAAGCCAUGAUUAAUUCUAUUUUCUAUCAUUCUCUCACUGAAAAGAAACACUCCAAAUCAAAAGAGUAGCCAUGUCAUUCAUAAUGUUUGUAAUGAAACGACCUGAUUCAAAAUAAAUUUCAGGACAGCCUUGACGAUGACUUUUUGUCCAAUUUUACAUUAUCCUAAACUGAAUAA